UUCGCCUUGCCGUCGUCUUCUGCCUCUCGUUGCCGUUUUCUUCAGCCAGACUCGCCUCCAGUUCCAUCCCUUCCGGCGUUCAGCUAAUGUAGUAAGAUGUCUCUGCGGCGUUUCUUGGGAUUUUCCGAUGGUGAGCUGAUGAGGUCUGAUGCAAAACCUUGCUCCAGGUUGAUGAGACACACUGCUGGGAUAUUCAGUGUAGGUGGAGCCUUAGGAUUUUGGGUUCUUUGCCGAUUGCACUAUGGCCCUCGAAUUACAAUUCCCAGGAGUCUUCGUUGGGCAGCUUGUGGUGCUGUAACUACAAGCGCAAGCACAGCUUUGCUGGUUCGUUUAUUUAGUCCCGAGUGUGAACCCCAGAAUAUCGCUGCUUAUGACAACAAAAAGUAGUACUGGCUGUUCCUCUCUCUCUCAUUACAUAGAAAGCAGAAAAUGAUAUAUUUUGGGAUGCUAUAAUGAUGGACUAGCAAUAGUUAAUUACACCACACUAGUAACUCUUAGCAUCUACUUAGUGAAUCAGGUUACCGUUGUAUUGCAUUUGUAAGUUUUAUCGUAUGUCCUAUGAAUUCGAUUAUAUGCUGACUAUCAAGAUCAUCAAUAAAGUCAGCAAUUUCCUCUUUGGUCUGAUAA